AUGCAGAUUUCUUGUGAUAGGGUGGGGACAGGAAUGAGCGCCAGUGAGCUGCUGACAAGGCACCUCCCCGCCGUCUUUAACGAGCCGGGGUCUAUGACAGUCCUAUACCUCGUGACAGCGGCGGUGAUGGUAGUUGUAUGGACUGUGCGCUGGCUGCGACCGCAUCUUGUGUUUGCAUCGUCUGCAAAUGAUAAUGACGCCGAGGCUGCCGCCCUAACGGAGACAUCAACAGCAGUAACUCCGCCAGGGCAGGAGCCAGCAAAGACAAAAUCCAAAACGUAUCCUACCAACAGAACGACUGCAAAAGGGGAGUCGAAAGGGGAGGCGUCUGUACAGCCUACUUCUGUGCUGCGCGGAUAUCCUGAGGUGGACACCAUCAUGGUCUCACCGUGCCAACGUUAUCUUUUUAUUAAUUGUCGUAGCAAGCGAAGGGCACGGCUGUAUCCACAGAACAGAAAUCGCACCUUCAUGGCACGUGGGAAGGAGCUACAGGAGAAGCACUUUGUUUCUGUGGAUGAAGCAGUCAUGUCUGCUAUGGGGGCUGAAACGAGGGUGGAGGUGCAUUCGGCUGCCUUUUCCUACGACGGCGAAAGACUUGUGGUUAGUGAGAGAAACAGUGAUACAUUCUUUCUCUUCAGCAUUCACAGGUGUCAGUUGGCUUUGCAGAGAUCGUGUAAGUUGCCCCGCCAUAUGCUGGUGUCGACGCUUCCGCCAUGGGGCGUUGCUGGUGCAGCCUACGACCUUAUUGUUAUGAGGCGCGACAAAGACUGCGAGUUGGAGGUGUUCAGCCUCCAGUCGAAGGAGUUUCUGGGAAAAGCAAAAUUUGGGGUAGGAAACGCCUUGACAUGGGCGCAAUGCAACAUUACCAUUGCGGCGGCCGGAUCUUUUCUUAAGGAGCCGAGGCUGGCGACGCUGCAGCUCCAUCCUAAUGGAAACGGGAUCCAACUGCUAAACAGCGUGCAUGUGGAGGCCAAUGCGAAGGUGCGGGUGUCGGCGUUGUGUCUUACCUCUAAGAACGUUCCGGAGUUUAACACACGUGAGUAUCUGAUUUUUUUCACGGAAGAGGGCGUAGGAUACAUUUACGACAUUGAGCCGAAAACAGUGAACUCCAAAACAGAGCGUUCACUGGAUCUUGUUGGUCGUUUUCAGGACUCCUUCUUUGCUGGGUGGGAUGCCGCGUGUCCUGUGCACAUGACAUUUUGCCUAUAUGGUAGCUCACACCACGAACGUUUGGCAAUUGCGCUCUUUCGGGGCGGCAAUGUAACGAUUUACCGUCAAACCUCUGUGCCUGGCUCAUCAGGUGGGCUCUUUACUCUGAUGCCUGUUAUGGUACUGCAUGACUGUCAUGAAGGCGAUGGAGUAGAACAGGUGGUAUUUGUUCAGCACGGGGAGGGGCUGGCGACGAGCGGUCGGGCAGACGGCAAGCAUGUUCGUCUUUGGACCCUUCCGCCACUCCCCACUUGA